AUGAAAGGAAAACGAUGUGAUAUUUGCGGAUUCAAAGAUAGUCACGAACAGUUGACCAUGAUUCACUGCGAUAAAUGCGGUCUAGCAGUACACAAGGAAUGCUAUGGCUUCACUUUAUAUACCUUGAAAACAUUCACAUGUUGGGCUUGCCAAGCAGUCGGUCGAUCAUUUGAGAUCGAAGACCGCGACGAGUUAGGGAAUCGUAGAAGAAUUCUCCAGCGAUCUCGCCCCACUAAAUGCGCUCUCUGCAGUGUUAGUGACGGAACCCAUGCGAUGCAUCCACUCUAUGAUCGUGCCGGGCCAGGUGGUCGACAGAUCUACAACGAUGGCGGUCUUGCUUGGGCACACACACUCUGCGCCUUUGUCUUGAAUACCAAAUCCUAUUUAUUCGGUUGUUCUCGUGAUGGAAAUUAUGACGCGAUUGGCGAAUCAGAAGAAGAUACCGAAAUCGAUGACAGGUCGGAAAAUUCUGAAUUGAUGGACGAGACUCAAGAAGGCGAUGAGUUCGGAAACUCUGUGCCAGUUCAUCAUUUCGUAUACAUCGGCUUGAAUAAUAACAAUAAGGAAAGCCAAAAGCUCUAUAGAGGGCUCAAAAAGAUAAGGUCGUUGAUAUGCACUAUUUGCGGGGCAGACGACAAGCCUGAGGGUGUACUCCGUAUUUGUGUCCAGUGCAACGCAAACGACGAGAACGAAUAUUCUGAAUUUCGGGGGAAGCAUCCGAGCCUUUCAAACGACGAGACCUGUACAGCAGCACUCCAUGUCGGUUGUUCUCGAUGGGGUGGAUCGAAUCCGUUCGAUGUGCAGAGAGUCUACUAUUUUCCUGGUAGCGAGCACCGGGACCCCGUUGUCACCAUGUAUUGUAGUCUACAUGCAGCAGAUGUUGACCAAAAAUAUCAGAAAAAGAAGAAACUCUUGGAAGAAAGGAGACAAACAGAACAAGAGCGGGAGAACUCUACACAAAGGCUCGAGCAAUCACGAAAACCCCCACAAGUACCUCGCAAAAACCGUGAUAAUUCUUUGCAUACAUCAAUAUUGGAUGAUUUGAUUGAAAAAGUAGGAAACAUUCAGGAUAUUAAAAGGAGGCAAGAAGCGUUCACCAACAGAAAACAGUAUUGGAAGAAGACUUUGAAAAGUUUGACUCCAGAGCAAUUCUCUGAGGUAUGGAAAAUAGCAAAGAAAUCACUUUCUGAAUAUAUUAAAAAAGGGAAUACAAUACAGCGGCAGGUUUCUCAAGCCGAUGCAGCACAGAGACAUAUGACUCGAGUUGUGGAAGCGCAGAGGCAGAUUUCUCACGUUAUCGCCACACAUAAAAAGCAGAGCCCUCAAACAGUAGAAGAGUCGGCGGCGAAGAGGAAAAGGUCACAAGUGGAUAGGUCCAAUCCUGUAGGAAAGCGGAAGAAGACUGAGCCAAACGGCGAUCCGAAUGAUGGUGAGUUCGAGUUUGAAGCAAUUGAAGAAAAUAAUGAAGCAGAUCAACAACAAAAUGCGACUGCUGAGAGUGCUGCUGAGAAAUCCGAGGGCCAAGACUCUGAGCCUUUUUCCUUUGUGUCAGGCUUGUGUCAUCCUCUACCCAAAGGCUGCGUGUGCAGCAAAACUGAGCUGCUUUCUCCGUGGAAGUUCAGAUGCCCUCCUCCACGGACGCAACCAAUUGAUGGUUUUGGCCGGUGGGAUCUUGGAUAG